CUCCCUGUGUCUGUCUCUCUCUGCUUUUCUUUCUCCACUCUCUCUCCGUCUUCUCUUUUCUCCAUGGCCAACCCCUUCCUGAGUUUGACUUCACAUCGCGAAACUCACAUUGCUAGAAUGGGCAGAAUUAGGGUUUCCCAGACUCUUCCUUCAGCCCCUGAUCAACCCACACCCUCUGAUCUUCCAACUGCGAUGCUCAUUGAUGGAGAAGAAUUACAUAUUGGCGGAAUUGCAACGGUUGUAAACAAUGAAGCUUCGCCGGCUUCGUCGACGAAUGCAGAUACUGAAACUGAAAAGAAAAGCUGUAAAAAGAGGGAUUUGAGUGAAUACAAUUUGGAUGGCUUGAGUUGCCCUAUUUGUAUGGAGCCAUGGAAAUCCCAAGGCGAUCAUCAAGUUUGUUGUCUUCCUUGUGGGCACAUUUAUGGUAUGUCUUGCAUCAAUAGAUGGAUUCAACACCGUGGUGGAUAUUCUGCCAAGUGCCCUCAAUGCAACGAAAAGAUCACCUUGAAGGAUGUUCGAAAGCUUUAUGCAUCACCAGUAAUUGUGGUUGAUGAAAAUUCAGAAAAGAAAGUUGAAUCACUUGGUGCUGAAAAUAAAUCACUUGAGGCUGAAAAUAGGUGUCUCAAGACUGAGAGAGCUAAUCUACUUGAUAUUCAAGAUAGUUUGCUCAAGGAAUUGCGUCAUCUCAAGGAGAAUCCAACUUGUAUGCAGAAUGUAGCUUUAGAAUAUAUAAGGAGAAAAUCUCAUGUUUCUGAUACUGCUGAGGGUGUUGAGGAAGGAAAAUCUGAUUAUAAUUUAGACUUGAAUCUUGAUUACACAGGGCUUAAUUUUGGCACCAGAAUUGAUGGAUGGGGCUCCUUUCGCUGCAGUUUUGUGUUAGAGCAUGAGAUGGCAGUAGAGAGUGCGAGGAUUUUUGAUAUGGAUUGUUAUUAUCAAACUCUGAUUUUUGCUAGAAGGAUUUCUGGGAUGGGUGGGACACAUAUGCUCAAGAAGAUUAACUUGACUGAUCCAAAUCAAAAUGAAGACAUAAAACUUCCUUCAAAUACAAAAGCUGUUAAAGAUCUACAUGUCUCCCCUUGUGGGAGACUUGUACUUUUAGCUUCAAUGGGUAAAAAAUUAUCAAUUAUUAGCAUGGGCUGCAACAAAGUUGUCAUCAGUUAUAGUUUACCGGGCCCAGCUUGGUCAUGCUCAUGGGAUCCCAACAGUUCACAUUACAUGUAUGCUGGCAUACAGAACGGCAUGCUUUUGGUGUUUGAUAUGCGUCAGACAGUACAUCCUGUUCAAUCCAUCAAUGGACUAAGCUCGCGACCCAUUCAUACUAUACACUCUUUUGAACAUAAACCCACUCUUUGUCACGGUGCUAGUCUCCUUACUGCUUCUGCAAUUGGCCCAUGUGUGUGGAACACUAGUGGUGCCAAAGAAAGGCCUUUUUUGCUCCCUGAAUUGGACUAUAAAGGCAUGUGUACAUCACUUGCUUAUAGUCCCUCAAGCGAUGACAUUGUUGCUACAUACUGUCCCAAAAUUCAGAUGUCUAAGGAAACUGGCAGUUCACAACCACAUUUACCUGCUGUGCUUGGACAAGAAGCACUGAGUUCUCAGAUUCAUGUCAAGAGGGUGGCUGGUAGCUUUUAUCAGAAGUUGGGGUCUGCAUCUACCCAUGUGGGCAAUUUUUUUUUGGCAAAAUCUGCAAUUAUAAAUGUUGAGAAUUGCCUACCAAUGUUUGCAUAUGGCGAUGAUGUGACAUGUGGAUUGACAUUGCGAGACCUACCAAGUUUAAUUGUGAGCCACAUUCUUAAACCACAUCAGCAUCCCAUUCGUGAUGUGAAGUAUACUCAUUCCAAAGGGUCUAGUCUGCUUGGAUGCAUCAGUGACGACAAGUUGCAACUUUUUUCUGCAAAGUUUUUGUGACUAAAGGUUAGUCCUCAGCUUAUUGGGUUGGGUUGCUGUUCAGCUCUCAUGAACGAUCCCAACACAAUUUUUGAGUAAAUCACAUUUUGAUUUUGCCUUGUGUAUACGAUGUAAAUGGAUGGUUGGUUAAAUGUAAUUAGCUUCUUACAGUAAUAAAUCAGAUGUAAUUAUGAGUUACGAUAUAGGAAUACGUUUGGCUACAAGAUCAAAAGGCAGAAUUGAUUGGUUCUUUGGGCCAUCCAUUUACCAAGGGUAUACAGGCAGACGCAUAUUUCUUUGUUUCUGAAGUCAGAUUCUCGAUUGUUUAAUGUCAGUAAUAAGAGAAAUGGUUGAAUCCUAUGACAUUAUCGGGUGAUAAUUUCCAAUUACAA